UUGACAAUUAGACGACCUCUUAUUAACGGGCUAAGUUUAACCCAAACGGGCUUUAAAUCAUUGCGUCUUGGUUUGAAAACGGAAUGCCCAUUCGACUCUUUCAGGCCCAUUAGUGAAAACGGAAAGCCCGCUUUAUAUGAAAGCGUUGCAGAAUAAACAACGAUUCUUUGAACAGAGAAACGCUGGAGUUGACUGAUGCGAUCACAAAGUGCAGCCAACCUACGCGUUUUUUUGCAGCACAAAAGAGCCCGGAAAAAUAGUCGCCCGGAGUUCGUGUAUCGGGUCGAAUAUUCGCGGAAUUUUUGAUCUUCAAACCGCGUCGUUUGGAUUUGCCAACCACUCAGUAGCUAAAAUCACAUUGAUCGAUAGGGUGGAGAUAAGUUUCUAAACUUGGACACUGCUACCUCCGGAAUGUCGCUGAUACCGAUGUCGGCAUUGCUUUGAUCCUUUUAAACUUAAGUUCAUGCUACCAAGUUGAUCAUGAAGCGUUAUGUUUACAUAAACGAUGACAAUCUAGCACAAGAUCUGUACUGUGACAAUCGUAUAUCAAACAGAAAGUAUACCAUAUGGAAUUUUCUCCCAAAAAAUCUAUGGGAACAGUUCAGCCGAUUUAUGAACCAGUACUUUUUGUUGAUCGCUUGCCUUCAACUGUGGUCUCUGAUUACUCCUGUGAAUCCUGCAAGUACAUGGGGUCCUCUUAUAUUCAUAUUCGCGGUCUCCGCUAUAAAAGAGGCAUGGGAUGACUACAACAGAUAUCUCUCAGAUAAGAAAGCAAAUGAAAAAGAAGUUUGGAUUGUCAGGCAGGGAAUCAGAAAGCUUAUCCAAGCCCAAGAUGUUCGUGUUGGGAACAUAGUGUGGCUGCGCGAGAAUGAUGAAGUUCCCUGUGAUCUUGUCUUGCUUGGUACGGCAGAUCCUCAGGGGAUUUGCUAUGUGGAGACAGCAGCACUAGAUGGGGAAACUGAUCUGAAGACACGGGUGAUACCUUCCGCAUGCAUGGGGAUAGAUAUUGAGUUGUUGCACAAAAUCAAGGGCGUAAUUGAGUGCCCCGGCCCAGAUAAAGAUAUUAGGAGGCUGGAUGCAAACAUGCGACUGUUUCCUCCAUUUCUUGAUAAUGAUAUGUUCCCGUUGACAAUUAAAAACACACUUCUUCAAUCAUGCUACUUAAGGAACACUGAGUGGGCAUGCGGAGUUGCUGUGUACACAGGCAAUGAAACCAAGCUAGGCAUGUGUAGGGGUGUACCUGAACCAAAGCUUACAGCUGUGGAUGCCAUGAUUGACAAAUUGACUGGGGCAAUUUUCGUUUUUCAGAUAGUUGUCGUUAUUGUUCUGGGCAUAGCCGGGAAUGUAUGGAAGGAUACAGAAGCAAGGAAGCUAUGGUAUGUUCGAUAUCCAAAACAAGGUCCAUGGUAUGAGCUCCUGAUCAUCCCUCUACGAUUUGAAUUGCUUUGCUCCAUCAUGAUUCCUAUAUCAAUAAAGGUCUCCUUAGAUCUUGUUAAAGGCUUAUAUGCAAAAUUUAUUGAUUGGGAUGAUCAUAUGGUUGAUCUAGAAACAAAGACUCGGUCCAACGCAGCCAACACCGCAAUUAGUGAGGACUUGGGCCAAGUUGAGUAUAUAUUGACAGAUAAGACAGGAACCCUUACUGAAAAUAAAAUGAUCUUCAAAAGAUGUUGCAUAAGUGGACGAUUUUACGGGAAUGAGAAUGGGGAUGCUCUGACAGAUACAGAACUGCUUAAUGCUGUAUCCAGUGGCUCUGCUGAUGUGAUUCGAUUUCUAAAAGUUAUGGCGAUAUGCAAUACAGUAAUUCCUGUCCGAAGCAAAAGUGGGGCAAUUUCAUACAAGGCACAAUCUCAAGAUGAAGAAGCUCUAGUACGUGCUGCUGCCCGUUUGCAUAUGGUUUUAGCAAAUAAAAAUGGGAACAUUCUUGAGAUCAAUUUGAAUGCUUCAUUACUCCAAUAUGAAGUACUGGACAUUCUGGAGUUCACUUCUGAGAGGAAAAGAAUGUCUGUAGUGGUCAAAGACUGCCAAAGUGGGAAAAUCUUCCUCUUGUCCAAAGGAGCAGAUGAGGCUAUUCUUCCUCAUAGUCAUGCUGGACAAGAGAUUAGGACUUAUGCUGAAACUGUGGAACAAUACGCUCAACUGGGUCUGCGAACAUUAUGCCUUGCUUGGCGUGAAUUAGAUGAUGAUGAAUACCAGGAAUGGGCCUUGAUGUUCAAAGAUGCUAAUAGUACACUAAUUGAUAGAGAGUGGAGAGUAGCUGAAGCUUGCCAAAGAUUAGAGCAUGAUCUUGAAAUUCUUGGUGUUGCUGCCAUUGAGGAUCGUCUACAGGAUGGUGUACCAGAAACAAUCGCAACUCUUAGAAAAGCUGGAAUAAAUUUUUGGAUGCUGACUGGAGACAAGCAGAACACUGCUAUUCAAAUUGCUCUUUCUUGCAAUUUCGUGUCCCCAGAGCCUAAAGGACAGCUUUUGAUGGUUGAUGGUAAAACUGAGGAUGAAGUAUGUAGGAGCCUGGAGAGGGUUUUACUUACUAUGAGAAUCACAAAUACUGAACCUAAGGAUGUAGCUUUUGUUGUUGAUGGCUGGGCCCUUGAAAUUGCCCUUAAGCAUUACCGUAAAGCAUUCACAGAACUUGCGAUUUUGUCAAGGACAGCUAUAUGUUGUCGCGUCACUCCAUCCCAGAAGGCACAGCUUGUAGAACUUUUGAAGACAUGUGACUAUAGAACGUUGGCCAUUGGAGAUGGUGGAAAUGACGUGAGAAUGAUUCAACAAGCUGAUAUUGGGGUUGGCAUAAGCGGGAGGGAAGGAUUGCAGGCAGCAAGAGCGGCUGAUUAUAGCAUUGGGAAGUUCAGAUUUUUGAAAAGACUGAUACUUGUGCAUGGACGCUAUUCAUAUAACCGCACAGCAUUUCUUUCCCAAUAUUCCUUCUAUAAGUCCUUACUAAUAUGUUUUAUCCAGAUCUUUUUCUCUUUCAUUUCAGGUGUCUCAGGGACCAGUCUUUUUAACUCUGUCAGCUUAAUGGCUUAUAAUGUGUUUUACACCAGUGUUCCAGUUUUAGUCAGUGUUCUGGACAAAGAUCUAAGUGAAAGAACCGUAAUGCAGCAUCCUCAGAUACUCUUUUACUGCCAAGCAGGAAGACUUCUUAACCCUAGCACAUUUGCUGGAUGGUUUGGCCGGUCUCUCUUUCAUGCAAUUGUUGUUUUCGCCAUCACUAUACAUUCUUAUGCUCUUGAGAAAAGUGAGAUGGAGGAGGUUUCAAUGGUUGCACUUUCUGGAUGCAUUUGGUUGCAGGCAUUUGUUGUUGCAUUGGAGACCAAUUCUUUCACAGUAUUGCAACACCUCGCAAUUUGGGGUAAUUUAGUCGGCUUUUAUGCCAUCAACUGGAUCGUUAGUGCUAUCCCUUCGUCGGGGAUGUACACAAUAAUGUUUCGCCUGUGCAAGCAACCCUUGUACUGGAUUACAAUGAUUCUUAUCGUUGCAGCUGGAAUGGGCCCCGUCCUUGCACUGAAGUACUUCAGAUACACAUACAGGUCCAGCAAAAUAAACAUACUUCAGCAGGCCGAGCGUUUGGGAGGGCCAAUCUUGUCAUUAGGAAACAUAGAAUCUCAGACAAGAACCUUGGAGAAGGAUCUCUCCCCUUUGUCCAUAUCACUACCUAAAAACCGUAACUCCUCCGUUUAUGAACCUCUGUUGACCGAAUCUCCCAAUUCAACGAGACGGUCUCUUGGAGCAGGGGCCCCGUUUGACUUUUUCCAGUCACAGUCCAGAUUGUCUACCAAUUAUUCGAGAAACUGCAAAGAUAACUGAUUUAAUGAUCGACCUAUCAUUAGUUAUACUCCAUGUUUCUUCAACUAACUUAGGCGGGAUUUUGCGAAUUACUUAGUAAAGGAACUUGUGUAACUAACUGUAUGGGUAUGGCUCAUUUUUGUUUCUUUUAUAUAUGGUUUUUUUCUUUUUCUUUUUUUUUUUUCCUUUUUAGGGUUACAUGGAAAGAGGGGGAACAUAUGUAUAAAAAUGAUUCAAUUUCUUAAGUAUAUUUAUUCCUCUUUGGUUCUUU